AUAAGGCUAUAUACUUAGAGUGAAGAAAUAAAUAAAUAUAACUAUUGAAAUAUAUAAAAAAGAUAAAGAAAAAAAAAAAUAAUAAUAACAAUGAAUAAUGGCCACGUGAAACAACAAGUGGGGACAAGUAAACAGGUGAAUUUAAAUGGUGAUGCAGCAAUGGUUGUUGAAAAAAAAAAAUUAAAAUCAUUAUUUUUGACAUAUGUAUUGUGGUUAUUUGGUGGUAUAUUUGGUGCACAUCAUAUUUAUUUAGAAAGAGAUUUCAAUGCUAUUAUUUGGCUUACAACAUUUGGUGGAUAUUUUGGUAUUGGAUGGUUACGUGAUAUUUACAGAAUUCCAACUUAUGUUAAUGAUGCUAAUGAUGAGCCAAUUUUUAUUGAAAAAUUUAAAACAAAUAUUCGACAAUUUAAAAAACCACCUUUUUCGACUGUUAGAUUUUUAGGACAAGUUGCUGUAUCAGCAUUUUGGGGACAAUUAGCACUUUGGGCUGUACCAGAAGAAGAAGUUCAUGGAUUUAAUUUACGUUACUUGUUGUAUUUAGUUCCUGUAUUUGUUGCACUAGGUGUAUGGAUUGUUGGUAAUAUUGGUAGAGAACAAGGUGGUAUAAAAUGGACACUUUUAGCUUCUUUUUGUAUGUAUCCAACAUUGUAUUACAUUGGUGAUGAAAGUACAUGGCUAAGUUUGAUGGCUGUUGUUGCAACACUUGUGUUUGAAACAUUUAGUAAAGAAUGGCGUUUAAAACCACGUAAAAAAAAAUCAAUCAUUAAAAGAUUUACUGUAAUUAGUUUUGCUGUUUUAUUGUUUUGUUCAAUGUGGGCAAGUUUCUUUUAUUUCAAUGCAAGUAUAACCGAUAGUCAGGGUGAAGAAAUUAAGCUAUCUGAAGCUGUUAAACAUUUUUUCACUUCACCAGUUUGGUUGGAUUUUAUGGCAUCAAUAUCACAAACUUGGCAACAAAUGAAGCAUCAAGGUUUCUGGGCAACUUGGUCACAACUUGUUGAUCUAACUGAUCCACGUGGUGAAAUAAAUGCUUACAGGGUGCUUGGAUUAACACAAACAUCAUCGCAAAGUGAAGUCACAGCCAAAUGGCGUAGUUUAUCAAAAGAAUAUCAUCCAGACAAAGUCAAAGGAACAGAUGAAGAAAAAAAAAUUGCACAAGAAAAAUUCAUGGAAAUACAAAGUGCUUAUGAGCUACUUUCAAGUACAAAAAAUCGUAGGACAAAAAAAAAUCGACGUGCUUGAUAUAAUAAUUUUUGUUAUAAUUAUUUGUAUAAAAAUAUAUUAAAUAUUUUUACUUUUCAUUGUGUAUAGCAAAAAAAAAAAAAAUGGACUGAUAUUGAUUUAUCUUAAAAAAUUUUAUAGAUUUUAAUUUCUAUUAUUAUUAAUAAUAAUUUAUAAUUAUUUUCAAGGUUUUUAUCUAUCAGUAGAUAUACAAAUAUAUAUAUUAUUAAUUUAUAAUAAUUUUCCAAAGCUUUUAUAACAAUUAGACAUUCACGAUAAUUAUUUUUAAAUAUACAUUUAGUAUAUAAAUAUUUUAUUUUUUAUCAUCAUUUUAAGCUGAUGUUUAAUGAUGAUUAUUGAUUUUAAAAAAUUUCUUUCAUUUUGCUUAUUUUCUCUCGAUAAUACUUGUUUAAUUUUUUUUUUUUUUAAUCAAUUUAUUUCAAUGUUAUCAACAAUGUCAUUGAAACCACAACAAUCAAUUAAAAUAGAUCUAUUUUUUCGCU